AGAGCAUCGACAUGAACAACGGGGUGACGAGAGACGACAUCCUGGUGGGGGUGUGCGUCCCUGCCGCGUGCACCCACGGCGACGUUCAGCAGUUUCUGGCCGACGUCUUCGCGAGCGAACGAAAUGUGUCCCUCGAAGCGGUGCAGGUGCGGGUGGACGAAGACAUGUGCCAAACGCAGGAACCCUUUGAACUGGACUGGUUGGAUGCUGUCUUUAUAGCUAUAAUUUGUGUACUGUGCACCAUGCUUGCCGUUUCUUCAACGUACGAUGUAAUGAGAGCGAGAUGUAAAAAACAAAAGGACCCGGAGGAAAAAAGUUUAUGGCACAAGAUUAUCUUGACGUUUUCCCUUCCUUAUAACUUCAAAAGACUUUUUGAGUUUGAGCCUUCAACUGACGGCUUGGAUUGUCUGUAUGGAAUUAAAUCAAUCGCAAUGCUGCUAAUAAUAAAUGCCCAUUCGAUGAUGUAUGUUCUUGGAGGGCCAAUUAGUAACACCGACUUUUUACAAUGGUUUGUUCAACAGCCUCUCUCCGCCAUCUUGAACAGCAAUAUGUUAUACGUCGAGACAUUUCUUUUCACCGGGGCAUUUCUUCUGGCCCUUCAUUUUCUCAAGCAGCUCUCCAAAAACACUUCAGUUAAUCUUAUUCAAUCGUGGUAUCUGGCGGCCGACACGCAGCUGUUCGCGGCUGCGCUGGUGCUGCUGUGGGCGCUGGGGCAGCGACGGCGGGCGCGGCUCUGGGCGCUACUAGCGCUCCUGGCGGUCUCCGUCGGCGGCUGCUUCGUGGACGCGCUGCUGCGCCGCCACGAUCCCACCAUCCUCAUGCGGCCCAAGGACGUGGAGGACCUGCCCACCGAUGACGCCUUCGUGAACGCCUACAUCAAGACGCACCUGCGAGCGACCUCUUACAUCUGCGGGCUGCUGCUGGGCCACUGGCUGCACGACUUCCUCGAGAGCGGCCGAAAGUUCUCCAAGAUAAAGGCGUAUGUGAGUGAUGCUGUGCUGACGUACGUGGCCGCCCUGGUGCUCAGCCUGCUUAUCGAUUCCCCCAUGCAGGCGCUCUCAGGGCUUCUCGCUGGCAGAGGGCGGGGGACUAAAGAAGAAUUAAACACAAUACAGAAUGGAACAAAGUUUAUAGACAAUGUGGCAACUAAAUAAAAACAAUAACCCCCAUUGUAAAGUUGAUCUCAUUAAAAUAGAGUACAA